CUGCCUUGGAGUGUACAAUCAAAUGACAUAAGAGCUGCAUUGGAGCGCAAUACAUUGAUCAAGAUUCCACCAGAAGACAAGUUGCCACACAAUGUACAUGUAAGUGCUCCAAAAAUGACGUCAAAAAAAGGGAUUGGAGGAGGGGAUUUAGUUUUUCCAUGAUCGAUUGACAAUUUUCUUUCCUCAUGUUGCUAGAUACUGAUGGACAUAGCUACCGGUAAAACGACUGGGACUGCCUAUGUAGAAGUAAUGAUCAAAAACGACCUUGGUUUCUCUGAAGACGCAGUAAUUAGUAGUAUUGUAUUUCAACCUGUUCAAGGACGUCGGAUUAAAUUUGUAAAGAGUACCUACGGCGAGCUCUGUCGAGAUCUUUUUUCUGCGUGGCGCCCUGGCUUCACUGACGACGGUUUAGCCAUCUUACCCCCUGGUAAUGGUGAAAGCGGUGCUGGUAGCGCUAGUUAUAGCAGCGCUGGUAAUCAUAGUACUCGACGUGAGGGUAGUAAUGGGGGUGCAACUACUAUUACCACCACCACUACUACUACGACUCAUACGGCCAUGAGUAUGACAGACGACAAUCCUGAUACUGAUACUGAUAUGAUGGUGGAUGAUUUAUCAACAUUCUUUAUCGAGCAAAAAGACAUUUUUCUGACGCAUAUACACAUACGCCUACACAUAGAUCUGUUACAACCGUAAAUGUGCGCAGCGUCCUUUUGAGUUCCUUAUGACUUUAACAUUAUGCUUGCCUUGGAAGCAACCGAGAGCAAUUACUACCAUACAAAGGGAUAUUAUUUAUGAAUGCUUCAAGCUUGUAACAGUGGCUUUACAGGAACACACG